CCUUUCCUUUCCUUUCCUCGCCUUUUCUCUUCUCCUCCUCCUCCUCUCCCUCUCUCUCUCUCUCUCUCUCUCUCUCUCUCUCUUUUGUGGUUGAUCUGUUUCGAUUCGAUUCCUCAAGAAAGGGGGCGAAGAGAUCGAGGGCGAAGCCAUGGUGGAGACGAGGCGGAGCUCGGCCUCAUCCAAGCGUGCCCUGUCUUCCCCUUCCCCCGCGUCCCCGCCGGCCUCGAAGCGCCCCAAGGAGGAACCGACGACCUCGUCGCCCAAGGGGCAGCGGCCCGACAACAAGGAGGAACCGGCGCCGACGUCCGAUGGACGGCAUCUCCGCUCCGAUCUGCCCGCCGUUGACCCCCCGGUGGAGGCCGCCGGUACUGCGGCGGCGGAGACGCAGGGCGAGGAACCUGGGGAUGCCGCCGCCCACUUACCGCCUCAAGAGCGGCCCGCUAAGAUGGACAGCAGGAAACGGGGGCUUAUCUCGUUGGAGAUCCCGACGAAACGCGUCGUGAAAGCGACGCAGAAGGCUGCAUGGGCGAAGCUUAUCUCGCAGCAUUCUCAGAACCCUCAUCUUUUUCUCUCUGGUUCUCAAUUCUCCGUUGGCCAAAGCCGAAGCUGCAACUUAUGGUUGAAGGAUCCAUCUAUCAGCAAAAUUCUAUGUAGACUGAGACAUUCCCAGCGUGGAGGUGCUUCUGUUGCAUUUCUUGAAAUAGUAGGAAGAAAAGGAAUUGUACAAGUGAAUGGAAAGACCUUUGAGAGAAAUUCAAAUAUUAUCCUGACAGGAGGAGAUGAGCUGAUUUUCAGUUCAUCUGGGAAACAUGCUUAUAUAUUUCAGCAACUUAAGAAUGACAAAUCAGCUACAGCAGUGUUACCUUCACUUGGUGUUCAGGAAUCAAAGGGUACUGCUAUCAGAGAAAGUCAAACAGAGACUAGGACUGGAGACCCUUCAGCUGUUACUGGAGCAUCAAUAUUGGCAUCCUUAUCUAAUGAUUUGAAGGAUCUGUCUGCUAUUCCCCCAGCAUCUAAUGCUGAGAAUGCUCAGGAAGGACUGGAGAACCCUGCCCUGGCUUCCGUGACCAUUGCAUCAGAUGGAUGCAAUCCAGACCCUGAGAAGGAUUCUGAUACCUGUAAGGAAAGCUCUGAAACCGAGGGGAGCUCUGAGAUUCGAAGUGACAAUGCCGAUGCUGUCAUGUCUUCUGAUCUUCGUGUAAACGAGCCUGUUCAACCAGAAAAUAUACAACCUGAUGCUCAUCCUGAUGCUGAAAUUGGAAAGGUUCCUGGUACAAAUUCUGAAAUAAGGCCUCUUCUGAGGAUGUUUUCAGGGUCACCUAUCUCUGGGCUGGAUUUGUCUGGCAAUGUAUUUAAAGUGUUUGAGGAUCAGAGGGAACUCCUCAAGGAUCUGGAUCUGCCAUCAUCCUUGCCUACUACUCGAUGCCAAGCUUUUAAAGACGGUUUGAAGCAAGGAAUUCUCAAUCCAAAUGACAUCAAUGUUUCAUUUGAAAGUUUUCCAUACUAUUUGAGUGAAAACACGAAAAGUGUGCUUAUGUCUUGUGCAUUUAUUCACCUCGAAUGCAAGGAGUUUGUAAAGUAUACUACAGAUAUUUCAUCUGUAAACCAUCGCAUUUUGUUAUCUGGUCCAACAGGAUCUGAAAUCUACCAAGAAACUUUGGUAAAGGCUCUUGCCAAACAUUUUGGUGCCAGAUUACUCAUAAUAGAUUCUCUCCUGCUACCUGGUGUUUCAUCUUUAAAGGAUGCAGAAUUACUUAAAGAAGGUGCAAGAAUCGAGAAAUCAAGCAUAUUUUCUAAGCAUCGUGCUGCACUAGCUGAUGCUAUACAACUCAAAAAGCCAGCUUCUAGUGUGGAGACUGAUAUUGUGGGGGCAUCUACUUUGAAUACUCAAUCUCUUCCAAAGCAGGAGGCAUCUACAGCAUCAUCUAAGAACUACACUUUUAAAGAAGGUGAUAGAGUAAGAUAUGUGGGUUCAAUGCCUUCAUCAGGCUUUCCUCUUCAGACUCCUCAAAGGGGCCCAAAUUAUGGAUAUCGUGGGAAAGUAGUUCUUGCUUUUGAAGAAAAUGGAUCCUCUAAAGUUGGAGUUAGAUUUGAUAAACAAAUUCCAGAGGGUAAUGAUCUUGGGGGUCUAUGUGAGGAAGAUCACGGAUUUUUCUGCACUGCUGACUUACUUCGCCCAGAUUUUUCUGGGUCUGAAGAUGUGGAAAGGCUUGCAGCCAAUGAGUUGUUAGAGGUUGUAUUGGAAGAAAGUAAAAAUGGCCCUUUAAUUGUCUUGAUAAAAGAUAUUGAGAAAUCUAUGGCUGGAAGUACAGAUUCAUAUAUAACUUUGAAGAGCAAGCUUGAGUUGAUGCCAGUAGGUGUUCUUAUAAUAGGCUCUCAUUCCCAGAUUGACAAUCGCAAAGAGAAGUCACAUCCUGGAGGCCUUCUUUUCACAAAAUUUGGGAGUAACCAGACAGCACUGCUUGAUUUUGCUUUCCCGGAUAACUUUGGUAGACUGCACGAAAGAAGCAAGGAAAUUCCCAAGACGAUGAAGCAGCUCAGUAGACUUUUUCCUAACAAAGUUUCGAUUCAGCUUCCACAGGAAGAAACCCAGCUUUCAGAAUGGAAGCAGCAUUUGGAUCGUGAUGUCGAAACUCUUAAGGCCAAGUCUAAUGUUAUCAGUAUACGCUCUUUUCUAAACCGCUGUGGGUUGGACUGCAAUGACCUUGAGACAAUAUCAAUCAAGGAUCAAGCACUUACAAAUGAAAGUGUGGAUAAGGUAGUUGGUUUUGCUCUUAGUUAUCACCUUAAACACAGCAGAACCGAGGCCUCAUCAAAGGAUGCUAAGCUCAUACUCUCCAGUGAAAGCCUUAAGCAUGGGCUAAGUAUGCUGCAGAGCGUCCAAAAUGAUAAUAAGAGCAUAAAGAAAUCUCUCAAGGAUGUAGUCACUGAGAAUGAAUUUGAGAAAAGACUUCUCACAGAUGUUAUUCCACCUAAUGAUAUUGGAGUUACUUUUGAUGAUAUUGGAGCCUUAGAGAAUGUCAAAGAAACACUAAAGGAGUUAGUGAUGCUUCCUCUACAGAGACCAGAAUUGUUUUGCAAAGGACAACUAACCAAGCCAUGCAAAGGAAUACUGCUCUUUGGCCCCCCUGGUACAGGCAAAACAAUGCUAGCUAAAGCUGUUGCAACUGAGGCAGGUGCAAACUUUAUCAAUAUAUCGAUGUCGAGCAUCACCUCCAAGUGGUUUGGAGAAGGAGAAAAGUAUGUGAAAGCAGUGUUCACUUUAGCUAGUAAAAUUGCUCCUAGCGUCAUUUUUGUUGAUGAGGUUGACAGUAUGUUGGGCAGGAGAGAAAACCCUGGAGAGCAUGAAGCAAUGCGCAAAAUGAAAAAUGAAUUUAUGGUUAACUGGGAUGGGUUGCGAACCAAAGAUAAAGAGCGUGUAUUGGUUCUUGCUGCCACCAACAGACCUUUUGACCUUGAUGAGGCUGUUAUAAGGAGGCUUCCUCGAAGAUUAAUGGUAAAUCUACCAGAUACAUCAAAUAGGGAGAAAAUUCUCAGAGUAAUACUGUCAAAAGAAGAACUGGCGCCAGAUGUCGAUCUGGAAGCCCUUGCAAAUAUGACUGAUGGAUAUUCAGGAAGUGAUUUAAAGAAUCUCUGCGUAACUGCUGCACAUUGCCCCAUUAGAGAGAUUCUGGAGAAAGAAAAGAAGGAAAGGAAUUUAGCACUAGCCGAAGGUAGAACUUUACCCACGCUAUAUGGAAGUGAGGACGUUCGGCCUUUAAACAUGGAAGAUUUCAAAUAUGCACAUGAGCAGGUUUGUGCAAGUGUGUCAUCUGAAUCUUCCAAUAUGAGCGAGCUUCUCCAAUGGAAUGAGCUCUACGGUGAAGGAGGGUCUAGGAAGAAGAAAGCAUUAAGCUAUUUCAUGUAGGAGAGAUUGAUUUUGUGUACAGCCCUUUUUCUUGAACCCCUUUGGCAAAGCUAGUUACUUUGCCGAUCAACAUAGCCAGCAUUUCUCGUGGGUCCAUGUAUUUAAUUUUCAUAGCGAGUCAUUUAUCAAACGUAAAUUCAUACCGAGUGCAAGUUACAUGUCUAUUAAGGUGGCCUAAUUAUAUAUCCUUUUUGUUGCCCGUGAUGUGGGACUUCAACCUUGUCGAAGUAGACGUAUCUAUCUGUACAUACUUGUCUGCUAAAUGUAAUAAAAGAUGGAUCCUUGAGUUGA